CUUCGGUUCUCCGUUCCCUCAACCUCUCUCUCUGUGCAUUCCUUCAUUCUUUGCAGUUGUCCUUUUUUUUAACGGGAAAAGUUUUAUUCUCUUUUAGAAAAUUUAAAAAUAAAAAUUUAAAAAAUAAAGGAAGCAUCGGAAAAGGAUAUCCCACCUCCCAAACCCCCCUCCCCUGAGCUUUUGAAAAAAGCGCAUCAUCCCGGCUCGUUUCUGAUCGACAACUCGAGACGUCUGUUUCGUCUUCCUGCAGACGGUUGGUCUUCGCUCAUCAUCGAAGGCUUAUCUGUCUGCCUCUCGAUACAUCGUUGAUCCAUCAACUGCGGAGUGCUCCGUAGUGUGUUGUUAUAUCCUUUCGUCUCUAGACCAACCUCGGUCCUCGUCUAAUACCGUCGAAUCGAAAAUCGUUCUGGUGGGAUUGUUGCAGAGCAUCUCCCACUAGUUCAUUCUUCUUCAGCCUCUUCUCACUUUCUUGACGUCCGGUCGCGUCGGCCAUCCCUGGCUUCUUUUUUUUUUUCCCACCUGGUCUCCUGGGGGAGCUCGCAGUCCGUGUGGCCAUCUAUUCGCUGUAUAUCUUGUUAAUUUCCCUAUUGCUCUGUUGUUAUUCCCUUUCACGCGCGUUCUUUCCGGCUACCUCCACUUGCUGUUUUGUCUACUCAGUGAAUAGCUCAUCUUCCACUCUUUGGAUAUUCACCUAUUCUUGGAUAUAUCUGGAGCUUCAUCCUUUGUCUACACACCUCUUAAUUCUUCUAAUCCCUGACAAUAUCUGCGGUUGAUCACAUCGUUAAUUCCAGAGCCUGGGAACCGCCUGUCGAGUGUUAUUGCUGGAAUUUUCAGAAGCUACUUUUAUCGAAGGCUAUUGCACAUAUUCUAGUACCACCUAACAAAACAUCCGAGUAUGGACGCUGGCGGUCUUACUCAGAUGACUUACAAUUCUUCUUUCAAUGGAGGCACUCUUGGUGUUCCAACUGCCGGCUUUGCUUCCCGGGGAAAAGGUGCCCAUAUUAAACGCUUGAGCGUCUCCCCCGCUCAUUUUUCCGCCCUCGACGGAUCCCAUCAUUCCGAUGCUGUUCCAACACCACGCACCAGCCGUUCUCAUCUUCUAGCUGGUCUCCGAACUGCCCCUAAGUCGGCCACAGUGCCUUCAGCUGCGCACCGCCAGCAGCACGUUGGUCUUGAAGGCAGCAGAUAUGCAAGCCUUCCAAACCGUGCUGGCGAACGUGUGCCGCAGACUGCCACGGGAGCUGGAUUCCCCCAGCAUUCAUUCGCUAUGAACCAGGGGAUGAAUUCGGGUAUGAACCCGGGCCGUCACCCAAUGUAUACUCUUCCGGAGCAGGUCCUUGCACCUCCGUCGAUUGAUUUUGGUGGCGACAUGCCCAUGGAUGACACACUAUACGCCGAACUGAUGUCGACUAACCUGUUCUUGGCUGCUCAGCAACAACGUCUUCAGCAGCAGCUGAUCAACGUAACUGCAGCUGCACAGCAGUUCCAGGGCCUGAGCUUGGGAACGCCUCUGGGACAGCAGUUCGCCUCUCCUUCCGUUCCUUCUAUGAGCUUCUACCAACAGCAACUUCAGCAAGGGGUGCAGCCAGUCGUUCAGCCGGUUCUCGGACAGCCUGGCCUCUACUUAGUGUACAACCCUCUGACUGGUCAGCAGAAUUACAUCUUUGACAACACUGCUGAGCAAAGAAGCUCGUCUCCCCUGGCAGUUCAAGAGGAAAUUCAGCCACCUCAGUCGCAGGUCCCAACUUUCCGAGCCGAGGUCUCUCCACCACCGGAAUCGGCUCAGUCUCCAGUUCAUGUUUCGCAUCCGGUGUCCCCUCCUAGUUCCAGUCCUUCGCCGCCUCACGACGUCGCUCCUUUGCCGCCGCCGUCGGCUAACGCGUUCCGUAGAGGUCAUAGAAAGAGCUCAUCCUUCAUGCCAUGCCUCAACAAACCCACCAUUGACCCGUCAAAGGCAAACAACAGCGCGAUUAGUGGUGCCCCUAGGUCUGCUGCAUUGCCACCAACCCCAAUGACUGGCAUGUUUGGACCCGGCCAAGGCCGGGCUGGAGAACAUCCUGUUCGCCAGCCUCGUGGGCCACCAUCCCUCGAAGAUCUUAUUGCCAAGCCCACGUCCAGGUUCGAAGGAAGCAAGAACUUUGCAACCCGUCAGCGCCGCCGUGCGGUCCACAGCCUUGUCCGUGCUGGAAUCGAACGUCGUGGAGAAUCUCGAAGCUUCGGACAUCACAGCAGCGGAGGCACGAACACUCCGGCGAGUGAGAAAGAAUUUGCCUUUUCUGACGACGAUGCUACUGCACGCAGCGGUAGUCUCUCGAGCAAGCCAAGCCUGGGCAGUCUUCGUGCUGCAGCCAAUGGGGCAAUCGGAUCCGAGAGGAAGGAGAGAUCAUCUCGGGAGCGAAACUCCCUGGACACGUACAGGUCAGGGACCCCAGCUAGCGAUGAUGGUGCAUUUAUUGGGUCGAAGUUUUCCGAGCUUAGCCUGGAUCGUGUCACUUUUCCUACGGGGGUGAUGCCUUCUACAGCUGCUGUCGUCGCAGGCCAGAGGACGGUGGGCCACGGUUCGGAAAGGCGGAAGACUCCCAUGCUUGUCUUGUCGAGCGCUGAAAAGCGUAAGACUAUGAUAAUGUAAUGUGAAUGUCAUGAUGUUGAUUGAGGACUUAAUGCGGAUGCGAUCGAAAUUUGGUGUGGGAGAGCUUGCUCUUCUACUAUUUUAUUUUCUGUGAAACUUUUUUACUAUUCUAGUCUACAGGGACUGACAUUCCUUUAAUCUUUCGCGCUCAGGUUGGAAUGGAUAAUUAUAACGCAAGCUAUCUGAAUAUCAUCCACUGUCUCUCCUUUACAGCGUUUAGCAUCGAUAGCAAGUAACCAAGAUGCGUAGGAUAGCAAUGCUAUCACUAUCCCACCCUGCAUUUCUAUCUACACAACUUCAUUAUAGCAAUAAAGUAAGUAGGCCUAUAUUCAUG